GCAUAUCGUCAUUGCCAUGGCCCGUAGCAGCGCACAGCUCGAGGUCGACCGCCUCAACCUUUCGCUGCACUACGAGAAGCUGCUUCUGGCGCCGCCGACGCGCCACCUGCCCGUGACGAUCCUCACGGGCUUUCUCGGCAGCGGCAAGACGACGCUGCUGCGCCACAUCCUCAAGAACCGCCUCAACCUGCGCGUGUGCUGCUGCGUGAGCGACGUCGCUGCGCUCAACGUCGACGAGCAGCUCAUCACCGAGUCCAAGACGCGCACGUCGACGGGGUUCCUCAUGGAGAACGGCUGCAUGUGCUGCCCCGUGCGCCUCGACGUCGACAACACGAACGAGUUCAAAGACGUGGUGUGGCAGGUGCUCAGCCAAGACGACAUGACCAUGGACUACCUCGUGGUCGAGACCAGCGGCACGACGGACCCCCUCGCGCUCAUCCAGGCCAUCCAAGCGCGCUUUGGCAAGCUCACGCGCGCCCGUCUCGACUCGGUCGUGACCGUCGUCGAUGCCGAUGCCCUUCUCAUCGACGCCGACAACAACGUGGCACCGUGCGCCGUCGCGCUCAACCAGCUCAAGUGCGCCGACGUCGUGCUUCUCAACAAGAUCGACUUGCUCCAGUCGCCAGAACGCAAGGCGCGGGCACAGGAGGUCGUGCGCGCUUGGACGCCUGCGGGAGCGCACAUCUACGAGACGACGCACUGCGACGUGUACCUUCCGCGCAUCCUUGACAUUGCGCCGCCCGAGGGCAUCUACAACUCGGUGAGCCACGAGCGCGUCCAGGCGCACUGGAACACGUCGGCGGCCUCGACGCUUCGCCGUACUCAGGUCGACAAUCACGAGUAUACGCCGAGCCACACGGAGUGGUCCACGGAAGUCCUCGAGUCCAAGACGCCCGUGUCGCUGCCGGCGCUGUCGGCGUGGAUCGGCGGCAAGCUCCCGCCGUCGACGCUGCGCGCCAAAGGGAUCUUUUACCUCGCGGAGGACCCGAUCCCACCGCUAUGUGCUUGCAGUCUCUAG